AUGAAGAAUGCCACAUUCCAGAUCACCCCAGAUGUGAUCAAAGAGAGCGAGAACAUACAGCUGGGCCAGGACCUGAAGCUGUCAUGCCAUGUGGAUGCAGUGCCCCAGGAGAAGGUGACCUACCAGUGGUUCAAGAAUGGCAAGCCAGCGCGCAUGUCCAAGAGGCUGCUGGUGACUCGCAAUGACCCUGAGUUGCCCGCUGUCACCAGCAGCCUAGAGCUCAUUGACCUACACUUCAGCGACUACGGCACCUAUCUGUGUGUGGCUUCCUUCCCAGGAGCACCUGUGCCCGACCUGAGCGUCGAGGUCAACAUCUCCUCUGAGACAGUGCCUCCCACCAUCAGCGUGCCCAAGGGCAGGGCCGUGGUGACUGUGCGCGAGGGCUCGCCCACCGAGCUGCAGUGCGAGGUGCGGGGCAAGCCGCGGCCGCCUGUGCUUUGGUCCCGUGUGGACAAGGACGCUGCGUUGCUGCCCUCGGGGCUGCCCCUCGAGGAGACCUCGGACGGGAAGCUGCGGCUGGAGCGCGUGAGCCGCGACAUGAGUGGAACCUACCGCUGCCAGACGGCUCGCUAUAAUGGCUUCAACGUGCGCCCCCGCGAGGCCCAGGUGCAGCUGAACGUGCAGUUCCCACCGGAGGUGGAGCCCAGCUCCCAGGACGUGCGCCAGGCACUGGGCCGGCCAGUGCUGCUGCGCUGCUCGCUGCUUCGAGGCAGCCCCCAGCGCAUCUCCUCGGCUGUGUGGCGCUUCAAAGGGCAACUGCUGCCUCCGCCGCCUGCCGUCCCUGUCGCCGCCGAGGCCCCCGACCACUCUGAGCUGCGCCUUGAUGCCGUCACCCGCGACAGCAGCGGCAGCUACGAGUGCAGCAUCUCCAACGACGUUGGCUCGGCUGUCUGCCUCUUCCAGGUCUCGGCCAAAGCCUACAGCCCGGAGUUUUACUUCGACACCCCCAACCCCACCCGCAGCCACAAGCUGUCCAAGAAUUACUCCUACGUGCUGCAGUGGACCCAGAGGGAGCCUGACGCUGUCGACCCUUUGCUCAACUACAGACUCAGUGUCCGCCAGUUGAAUCAGCAAAACGCCAUGGUGAAGGCCAUCCCGGUGCGGCGUGUGGAGAAGGGGCAGCUGCUGGAGUACAUCCUGACCGAGCUCCGAGUGCCCCACAGCUACGAGGUCCGCCUCACGCCCUACACCACUUUUGGGGCUGGAGAUACGGCCUCCCGCAUCAUCCACUACACAGAGCCCAUCAACUCUCCCAAUCUGUCAGACAACACCUGCCACUUUGAGGAUGAGAAGAUCUGCGGCUACACCCAGGACCUGACAGACAACUUUGACUGGACCCGGCAGAAUGCCCUCACCCAGAACCCCAAGCGCUCCCCCAACACUGGUCCCCCCAUGGACAUAAGUGGCACCCCUGAGGGCUACUACAUGUUCAUUGAGGCAUCAAGGCCCCGGGAGUUGGGGGACCGUGCGAGGUUGGUGAGUCCCCUGUACAACGCCAGCGCCAAGUUCUACUGCGUCUCCUUCUUCUACCACAUGUACGGGAAGCAUAUCGGCUCCCUCAACCUCCUGGUGCGGUCCCGGAACAAAGGGGCACUGGAUACGCACGCCUGGUCCCUCAGUGGCAAUAAGGGCAACGUGUGGCAGCAGGCACAUGUGCCCAUCAACCCCAGCGGGCCCUUCCAGAUUAUUUUUGAGGGGGUUCGAGGCUCGGGCUACCUGGGGGAUAUCGCCAUAGAUGACGUCACACUGAAGAAGGGAGAGUGUCCCAGGAAGCAGAUGGAUCCCAAUAAAGUGGUGGUGAUGCCGGGCAGUGGAGCCCCCUGGCAGUCCCGCCCACAGCUCUGGGGGCCCGUGGCCAUCUUCCUCUUGGCGUUGCAGAGAUGAUGAGCGCUUCCUGGCCCCCCACCCCGCCCCCGGCACACCAAAGUGUCCGCAUCGUACCAAAGACUGACCCCAUGCCAGCCGGGGUGCCCAGGGGC